AUGACGAUCGAUCACUGUGGCGUAUAUGCCAUCUCCUCCAAAGCCGACGCCGUCAACGCGUGGUAUGCGGAAGCCCUCAAACCCUUGGGUUAUACGCUGCAGCAUUCUGAGCCCGGUGAUGCCGGCGAGAUUGUCGGCUAUGGUGAGCCAGGCAAGGGCAUGGACUUCUGGGUCAUCGCCGUCGCCGAGGAGCCGAAUCUCAAGCUGCACAUCGCGUUUACUGCCGACGCACUUGCUGAUGAGUACGAUGGGGGGACUCAAGAUCGUGCCGUCGUCGACAAGUUCCAUGCUGCUGCGGUGGCGGCUGGUGGCAAGGACAAUGGCCCUCCUGGACUCCGCAAGUUUCAUCCAAACUACUACGCAGCGUUUGUGCAUGAUCCGGUUGGAAACAACAUUGAGGUCGUUUGCCACAAGCCGAACAAGGAUUCGGCUCAAUGA